AUGGAAUCAAUACUGGGUUUAGAAGCAGAAGACACUGUGAAAAAAGAUACUCUUAAGAAGUAUAAAAUACUAUGUGGGGUUCUUUUUGUUUUGUUGGUGGUGAUGACGCUUGGGCUAGGCCUGGGACUUGGAUUAAGGCGACAAGAAAACAGAGGGAGUUGUAGAAAUAAAUGCUUUGUGGAGUCCUACAGGGGACUGGAGGGCUGCCAGUGUGAUAUUGGCUGUAUAGAACGGAAGAACUGCUGCUGGGAUUUUGAAGAAACUUGUGAGAAAUCAACUAAAAUAUGGACAUGCAAUGAAUUUCGUUGUGGAGAAACUCGGCUACCUAAUAGUCUUUGUUCUUGUUCUGAUGACUGCUUGGAAAGAAAAGACUGUUGUGUUGAUUAUAAAAGUGUUUGCAAAGGAGAAAUGCACUGGGCAGAGGAAGAUUGUGAUGAUUUUCAGAAUCUUCAGUGUCCAGAGGGGUUUGACUUGCCACCUGUGAUUUUGUUUUCCAUGGAUGGUUUUAGAGCUGAGUAUUUAGAUACUUGGAGCUCACUGAUGCCUCAUAUCAAUAAACUGAAAACAUGUGGACUACAUUCGAAGUACCUGAGAGCAGCCUAUCCAACCAAGACCUUCCCAAACCAUUACACCAUUGUCACAGGUUUAUAUCCAGAAUCCCAUGGCAUCAUUGACAAUAAUAUGUAUGAUGUAUUUUUUAACAAGAACUUUUCACUUUCUUCAAAAGAGAAAUUUAAUCCGGAAUGGUGGAAUGGGCAACCUAUCUGGCUAACAGCUAUGUAUCAAGGUUUGAAGGCAGGGACCUACUUUUGGCCUGGCUCUGAUGUUGCUAUUAAUGACACAUUUCCAAACUUAUACAUGAUGUAUAAUAAAUCUGUUCCAUCUGAAGAGAGAAUUUUUAAACUGUUGCAUUGGCUUGACCUACCUAAAUCUGAAAGACCUGAUUUUUUUACCUUAUACAUAGAAGAGCCGGAUAGUGCUGGACAUUCAAGUGGACCAGUCAGUGGUGAUGUAGUUAAAGCUUUAGAGACGGUUGAUCAGAUUUUUGGAAUGUUAAUGGAUGGACUAAAACAAAGGAAUCUACACAAAUGCGUCAACAUCAUUCUUCUGGCUGACCAUGGAAUGGAUCAGACAUAUUGUAGUCAGGUAGAAUAUAUGACUGAUUACUUUCCAGAAAUAAACUUCUACAUGUAUGAAGGUCCUUCACCUCGCAUCCGGUCUCGAAAUAUUCCACGUGAAUAUUUUAAUUUUGAUCAUGAAGGAAUUGUUGGAAACCUCAGUUGUAAAAAAGCAGUUCAGCAUUUUAAACCUUACUUGACUCCAGACUUGCCCAAACGAUUGCAUUAUGCUAAAGAUAUUAGAAUUGACAAAGUUCACCUACUUGUGGAUGAGCAGUGGUUGGCUGUAAGAUAUAGAAAUUAUAAAGGUUGUGGAGGUGGUACCCAUGGUUAUAACAAUGAAUUUAAAAGUAUGGAGGCUAUCUUUUUGGCACAUGGACCAGCGUUUAAAGAGGAAACUGAAGUGGAACCUUUUGAAAACAUAGAGCUCUACAACCUAAUGUGUGAUCUCUUACACAUUCAACCAGCACCAAACAAUGGAACCCAUGGGAGUCUAAACCAUCUUCUGAAGGCACCUUUCUAUACUCCAUCACACCCCAAAGAAGUGUCCAUUAUUUAUUUUUGCCCCUUUCGUGGCCCAACGCCCACAGAUCGUUUAAAUUGUUCAUGUUCUCAACUAAGUUUGGAAAAGGAAGAAAAGAUGAAUGAAAUGUUGAACUUGUCGGAACAGCAAGAACUACUUUUGAAGAAUGAAUAUUUACCCUUUGGAAGGCCUUUGAUUACACAAGAAUUCAAGACACAUUGUCUCCUUUACCAGGAAGACUACAUCACUGGAUACAGUGAAGCAAUCAAAAUGCCACUGUGGAGCGCAUACGCAGUCUAUAAACCUAGAGACACAUCGCCUCUUCCUCCCACUAUUCCAGACUGUCUGCGGCCUGAUGUUAGGAUUCUUCCUAUUGAGAGCCCAAAAUGUUCCAUCUAUUCAACCAAAAAGAAUAUCACCCACGGCUUCCUCUACCCUCCCAAUUUCAACAGCACAGUUGAUGGUCAAUAUGAUGCUUUAAUUACAAGCAAUUUGAUUCCUGUUUAUCCAGAAUUUAAAAAAAUGUGGGAAUACUUCCAUAAUGUUCUACUUUUGAAAUAUGCUACUGAAAGAAAUGGAGUGAAUGUGAUUAGUGGACCAGUGUUUGACUACAACUAUGAUGGACUUUCUGAUGAGCCCGAUGAAAUUGAAAAGUUUAUAGAACAUUCUCGUGUUCCUAUCCCAACUCAUUACUUCGUGAUACUGACUAGCUGCAAAAACCGGACUUAUACUCCAGUGAACUGUCUUGGGUCCUUGGAUGUCUUGUCUUUUGUCAUUCCUCAUAAACCUACAAACAUAGAAAGCUGUGCUGAAAAUAAAUCAGAAGACCUCUGGGUGGAAGAAAGAUUUAAGGCUCAUACUGUUCGUGUUCGUGACGUGGAACUUCUCACAGGAUUUAGCUUUUACAAUUUGAGACAGCCUGUUUCUGAGAUCUUGCGACUAAAAACAUUCCUGCCCAUUCUUUGAGACUCGUUAACUGAAUACAGAAACAUUAUUUCAGAGAAUAUGGGUAA